AUGGACCAGCCGGGCUGCGCGGCUCCCCCGAGCGGGCGGGAGCAGGAGCCCCAGCCCCGGGGGUCGCCCUGCGGCAACUGGAUGGCAACUCACCCUAAGCUCACAGAGAUGAUGUCAUUGGAUGUGGCUGACAGCACUCAAGUAUAUGCUGCGUUCUUAGUUUACUUGGAUCUUUUAGAAGGUAAAAACUGGCAUCAUGUGACAUGCGUUGGACUAGCAGAACUCCAGCUCGUAUGUCUCCGUGGGCGUGAGAGAGAAGCUGAGAAUUUACAGGUUGUGGUGCCAACACCUGUCCACAUGUCAUUCACUCAUCAGAGGCUCAGAGAGAUCAUGCAGAAAGCAUGUAUUCCACAAGAUGAAACAGAUUCCCCACUGUCAGUUAUCCUGGCUAUAGUUGAGUCAGAUUCCACAGUAGUCUAUUAUAAGCUGACAGAUGGUUUCAUAAUGCCAGACCCUCCUGAUGAUACUGAAGACAUGGACAAUAAACAGUGGAGAAAGAAAAGAAGGAAGCUUUUGAGAUGACUUUAAGACAAAGAUGAACUGUUUGUUGGCCCCUUAUUUUCAAAUCUAAACAAAUUCAGUAAUUUGUGUAUGUAAAUUAAAAGGUACAAUGGCUUAA